AUUUCGAAUCCUAAGCAAUCUGAGAGUCUUCGAACAGAGCUUUCACUGAUUACCAGGAACAAAAUUGUUUUUCCUUUUCGUUGACUUUGAAAAAAUUGAACCCCCUUGAGCUUUAUUAUGGACGAGCAAGUCCGGGAAAGCAAUUCCCUGCCUUCUGUUCUGCGUUCUUCUUGUGGUUCCCCUGCUCAAGGAGUAUUAUGAAGUCGGAGAAGCACAGAAACAGACGCUCCUUCUCGGGGCUCUUCUGCUUCGGCGGCCCUCGGGUCAACGACUCCGACGUUCAGCCGCCCGCCAGCGGCGGUCGCGAGAAGAAGAAGGUGCUGACUCAUUCUCCGGCCAGAUCGAGGCCGGUCCGGGACGGCGAGGAGAGCCGGCCCAAGAAGUCUUCGGCCGAGGAUCGAGAUGACAACAAUAAUGGAAACAAGAAUGGUGACAAGAAUGAACAUCUAAAUCUCUUUCAAACUCAAAUAAAAGAUGACAUCAGCAUAAUACAAGCUUUGCCGACUCAAAACUCUCUUCCAAUUCAAAAAAGGCCUCACAACAAUGAGCCAAAGCCACACAAGAUUGUGAGUCUACCGGGGAAGCUUGAUCCAUCUAUUGGAGUUGGGAUCAUGACAAUCACUUUGGCUAUGGUGACGUUUCUAGGUCGCGGCAUUGCUAUAAUUUGGUUAUGCUCAUGCUUCUGCGUAUUGCAACUAGCGAGAGCUACAGCACCUUGUGAUGGUGGAGAAAAAAAUUCAUCAAAAAUGAUCGAUAUGGACUCAGCUGAAUAUAAAAAAAGAAUAGUUUUAGAAGGUUUUCUUGAGAGAAAUGGCCGAAAACCAUCGAAUGUUGCUUAAUUUGAAAAGACUAGAUUUUUUUUAUUUUUCUUUUUA